AUGAAAAUGUCGACUGCGUCUAAUAUGUGUACGUUGUCCUGCGCAUUAAUCGUAUGUACUUUAGUGUCAACUGCCAGAACCACCAAUACAAAUACUGGUUCUCCAAAUACACAAUUCGAUUUCGGAGAGACGACGACAGAAGAGAAAUAUUAUGAUUGGAGUAUCCUGCAAAGUACACCUGCAGCCACUGCGAACGGAAAAUACAAUUCAAUCGAUAAUACAACAACACCGGGAAACGAUUACAUUCCAUCAGACAAGGAGAACAGUUACACCACUGAGCCGAUACCAACGACUAAUGGCACUCAGUCACUUGCGGAAUCACCUACGACACCUACAGGGAGUAUCGAGCAAAGUACACCUGCCACUGCGAACGGAAAAUAUGGUUCAAAGUACGACUCCCCGUAUCCAGACGAAUUUGUAACAGAUAACGCCAUCGAUAUUACAACAAAACCGGGAAACGAUUACAUUCCAUCAGAAAAGGAGAACAGUUACACCACUGAGCCGAUACCAACGACUAAUGGCACUCAGUCACUUGCGGAAUCACCUACGACACCUACAGGGUAUAGUAGGAGGUAUAAUAGGACUACGGAAUGGAUUAAACCAACCAGGGAUUUCAAAUGUGCCUUUAAUAAACAACAUUCAAGACGCUGCAAGAAUGACGAAAUGGAAACCACGACGACCAAAGUUUGGGGAAAAUUAGAAAAAUCCAAAGAAAAGGAAAUACAACAGAAAGUAUUGGAAAUGGAAUCUGAUAGAUUCAACACCAUUUUGGAUAUAUUCAAUAGUCGCUAA